AUGGGCAAUCAACAAUCCCAAGACGACGUACCAGAAGCAGUCGCUUCUGGUUUGUCACCAAAAGCACGGCGACGAAUAUCAAAAUCGCCAUUCAUUCAAAAUUUCAUUGAGCAGGCCAAUAGAACCAGUAACGCACCGCGCAAUAUGCCCUCACUGACGAGCACUUGGUGCGAAACAUCUAGUCCCACGUAUAGCCAGCGACAGCGAACCUCUGUGAAAAAGGCAUCGCCGCAACAAAAAAAUGGUGCCACCGCUAAAACAGCAACUACUACUAUUACUACUGCUGCUGCUCAGCCCUUGGCAACACAAAAUCCGAAUCAGCAGAUCGUUACCCAGCAGACAACAACCACUCGAAAGCCGUCUGGGAACCCUAAAGCACCGUACUAUAUUGUAAGCACAACCACCUACUACGUCAAGGGACCAUCAAGCCGGCCAAAUAGCAGCGAUGGAGGAGUCUCUCUGUCCGGCCAGGAUCCCAGGCGACUGUCAUCGAUCAGCCACGUUCCCAGCCAAACUUCGUCUUCGAACGCGUCAACAUUUUCGGACAGCGAUGAUAUACUGUAUCGACUACCGAGGGGAAUCGAAUACACUACUGUGGAAGGACGCAAAUUCAUGACUGCACCGGGUUUACCCUACAAAAUGGUGUGCGAUGACGACGAAUCCGAUCGCCUAGUUAUCUUGCAUUUCUUGCUCAAAUACGCGUUUAACGGGAAUGUGGUGGCCCCUAUCAAUGAUAUUUUAACAAAGGGAACAUUAUGCAAUGGUAAAACUAAGCGACCGCAGGUGGUUGAUGUUGGAUGCGGGCCGGGAACUUGGGUGCUGGAGAUGGCAACAGAAUUUCCAAAUACAGAUUUCCAUGGAGUCGAUAUUUGCCCCAUGUUUCCUGGUACCAUCAAACCAAGCAACUCGUUCUUUAGACAGCAGAACAUCCUUGAUGGCCUUCCGUAUCCGGACAACAGCAUUGAUUUCUUACACGUACGCUUGAUGCUUGCAUCGAUGACACAAGAACAAGUGCUUAAAAUGCUGGGAGAAACCAUGCGGGUGCUGAAACCUGGAGCGUAUGUUGAGCUGCGUGAUGUUGAAUACCGCGUCCAGCGACCUGGCCCUGUGACAGAUGCAUUGAUCAAUCAAAAACUGUAUGACAUCUUCGAGAAAUCGUAUGAUAUCAAGCUCGAUCUUGGUCAUCACAUGUCCACUCUGCUUAUGAUGUCUUCCAAGCAAGACGGCUUUGUGGACGUCCAUCAAGAUAAAACUACCAUUCCAAUAGGCUGGGGUGGACAGCUCGGUGAAAUUCAUUCGCAGAACCUUGACAUCUUUUUAAAGUCACUUGAUCCCAAAAUUCGGGAGGCCACCACCACGCAAAGCCAAAUAUCGGAUUGGGAACCCGCAGGAAUGGAGAAUAAAACAACCAUGUUGACGGAUUCGGCCAUCGAACAUAUGAUGCGGGAGUGUGAAAAGUAUCAGUCGCAUAUGAAUUGGUUUGUAUGUUAUGGUCGCAAACCAGCUACCAGUGGUCCUCCAGCUGUUGUUGUUGCUUCUCCUCCUGAAGCAAUUACUAUCACUCCGGCAGUUCCAGCUGUCGGUGUAGAAGCCGCAGCGUCACCUCCCAUUGAGGAAGGUGCAUGGGCAUCGAUCAAUGACUUUGCGGAUGGUUAUGUCGACUAA